CCUUCCCACACACAUUCUUGCAAAGAGGAAUAGUCAAGCAGGCUGUUUGGAGGCGAGCUGCCGUCAUCCACCACCUGUGUCUGUAAGCGCAGAGCCUCGCACGCGGGAUCCAUCGGAAGCCCAAGCAUUGUCAAGCUCUGCUGCUGCACCUGGGUCCGCAACGUGGGCUCUGCCAGAGAAACCCGUUAGAAACAAUGCAAAUGGGGAGUAAACAUGGCCUCGCCCAUGAAGAGGAAGCUGUGGUGAAAAGCAUUUUGUCCCGGAACCCCGCAGCCCUCCCCAUACCCUGGGCGCGGAGCACAAGGAUUGGUCCCUCCUCUUUGUACUGCUCUUUUCCUCUUAUUUCAGCUUUCUUCGAGAACAAAUCUGGUUUGUAGAUGUGCUUGGGGAGAAUGGGGGCCUCUUCUCCAAGAAGCCCUGAGCCUGUUGGGCCGCCGGCGCCCCGUCUCCCCUUCUGCUGCGGAGGAUCCCUGCUGGCGGUUGUGGUGCUGCUCGCGCUGCCGGUGGCCUGGGGUCAAUGCAAUGCCCCGGAACAGCUUCCAUUUGCCAGGCCUACCGAACUAAUUGAUGAGUCUGAGUUUUCCAUUGGGACACAUCUGAAGUAUGAAUGUCGCCCUGGUUAUUAUGGAAGACCGUUUUCUAUCAUCUGCCUAAAAAACUCAGUCUGGACAAGUGCUGAGGACAAGUGCAUACGUAAAUCAUGUCGUAAUCCUAGAGAUCCUGUGAAUGGCAUGGUGCAUGUGAUCAAAGACAUCCAGUUCGGAUCCCAAAUUAAUUAUUCUUGUACUGAAGGAUACCGACUCAUUGGUUCCUCGUCCGCCACAUGCAUCAUCUCAGACAAUACUCUCAUUUGGGAUAAUGAAACACCUAUUUGUGAGAAAAUUUCUUGUGGGCUACCACCCACCAUAGACAACGGAGAUUUCUUUAGUGCUAACAAAGAGUAUUUUCACUAUGGAUCUGUGGUGACCUACCACUGCAAUCUUGGAAGUGGAGGGAGAAAGCUGUUUGAGCUCGUGGGUGAGCCCUCCAUAUACUGUACCAGCAAUGAAGAUCAAGUGGGCAUCUGGAGCGGCCCAGCCCCUCAGUGCAUUUUACCUAACAAAUGCACGCCUCCAAAUGUGGAAAAUGGAAUAUUGGUGUCUGUCAAAAGAAGCUUAUUUUCCUUAAAUGAAGUUGUGGAGUUUAGGUGUCAGCCUGGCUUUGUCAUGAAAGGACCCCGCCAUGUGCAAUGCCAGGCCCUGAACAAAUGGGAGCCAGAGUUACCAAGCUGCUCCAGGGUAUGUCAGCCACCUCCAGAUGUCCUGCAUGGUGAGCGUAUCCAAAGGGACAAGGACAUCUUUCAGCCUGGGCAGGAAGUGUUCUACAUCUGUGAGCCCGGCUAUGACCUCAGAGGGGCUGCGUCUCUGCGCUGUACACUCCAGGGAGACUGGAGCCCUGCAGCCCCCAGAUGUGAAGCGAAAUCCUGUGAUGACUCCCUGGGCCAACUUCCUAAUGGUCGUGUGCUAUUUCCACGUAGUCUCCAGCUUGGAGCAAAAGUGGAUUUUGUUUGUGAUGAAGGAUUUCAAUUAAAAGGCAGCUCUGCUAGUUACUGUGUCUUGGCUGGAAUGGAAAGCCUUUGGAAUAGCAGUGUUCCAGUGUGUGAACAAAUCUUUUGUCCAAGUCCUCCAGUUAUUCCUAAUGGGAGACACACAGGAAAACCUCUGGAAGUCUUUCCCUUUGGAAAAGCUGUAACUUACAUAUGUGACCGCCACCCAGACAGAGGGAUGACCUUCGACCUCAUUGGGGAGAGCACCAUCCGCUGCACAAGUGACCCUCAAGGGAAUGGGGUUUGGAGCAGCCCCGCCCCUCGCUGUGGAAUUCUGGGUCACUGUAAAGCCCCGGAUCAUUUUCCGUUUGCUAAGUUGAAAACCCAGACCAUUGCAUCUGACUUUCCCAUUGGGACAUCUUUAAAGUACGAAUGCCGUCCUGAGUACUACGGGAGGCCGUUCUCUAUCACAUGUCUGGAUAACCUGGUGUGGUCGAGUCCCAAAGAUGUCUGUAAACGUAAAUCAUGUAAAACUCCUCCAGAUCCAGUGAAUGGCAUGGUGCACGUGAUCACAGACAUCCAGGUUGGAUCCAGAAUCAACUAUUCUUGUACUACAGGGCACCGACUCAUUGGUCACUCAUCUGCUGAAUGUGUCAUCUCAGGCAAUACUGCCCAUUGGAGCAAGAAGCCACCAAUUUGUCAACGAAUUCCUUGUGGGCUACCCCCAGCCAUCGCCAAUGGAGAUUUCAUUAGCACCAACAGAGAGUAUUUUCACUACGGAUCUGUGGUGACCUACCGCUGCAAUCUUGGAAGCGGAAGGAAAAAGCUGUUUGAGCUCGUGGGUGAGCCCUCCAUAUACUGCACCAGCAAAGAUGGCCAAGUGGGCAUCUGGAGCGGCCCGGCCCCUCAGUGCAUUAUACCUAACAAAUGUACGCCUCCAAAUGUGGAAAAUGGAAUAUUGGUGUCUGUCAACAGAAGCUUAUUUUCCUUAAAUGAAGUUGUGGAGUUUAGGUGUCAGCCUGGCUUUGUCAUGAAAGGACCCCGCCGUGUGCAAUGCCAGGCCCUGAACAAAUGGGAGCCAGAGUUACCAAGCUGCUCCAGGGUAUGUCAGUCACCUCCAGAUGUCCUGCAUGGUGAGCGUACCCAAAGGGACAAGGACAUCUUUCAGCCUGGGCAGGAAGUGUUCUACAUCUGUGAGCCCGGCUAUGACCUCAGAGGGGCUGCGUCUCUGCGCUGUACACCCCAGGGAGACUGGAGCCCUGCAGCCCCCAGAUGUGAAGUGAAAUCCUGUGAUGACUCCCUGGGCCAACUUCCUAAUGGUCGUGUGCUAUUUCCACGUAGUCUCCAGCUUGGAGCAAAAGUGGAUUUUGUUUGUGAUGAAGGAUUUCAAUUAAAAGGCAGCUCUGCUAGUUACUGUGUCUUGGCUGGAAUGGAAAGCCUUUGGAAUAGCAGUGUUCCAGUGUGUGAACAAAUCUUUUGUCCAAGUCCUCCAGUUAUUCCUAAUGGGAGACACACAGGAAAACCUCUGGAAGUCUUUCCCUUUGGAAAAGCUGUAACUUACACAUGUGACCCCCACCCAGACAGAGGGAUGACCUUCGACCUCAUUGGGGAGAGCACCAUCCGCUGCACAAGUGACCCUCAAGGGAAUGGGGUUUGGAGCAGCCCCGCCCCUCGCUGUGGAAUUCUGGGUCACUGUAAUGCCCCGGAUCAUUUUCUGUUUGCUAAGUUGAAAACCCAAACCAAUGCAUCUGACUUUCCCAUUGGGACAUCUUUAAAGUACGAAUGCCGUCCUGAGUACUACGGGAGGCCGUUCUCUAUCACAUGUCUGGAUAACCUGGUGUGGUCGAGUCCCAAAGAUGUCUGUAAACGUAAAUCAUGUAAAACUCCUCCAGAUCCAGUGAAUGGCAUGGUGCACGUGAUCACAGACAUCCAGGUUGGAUCCAGAAUCAACUAUUCUUGUACUACAGGGCACCGACUCAUUGGUCACUCAUCUGCUGAAUGUGUCAUCUCAGGCAAUACAGCCCAUUGGAGCACGAAGCCACCAAUUUGUCAGCGAAUUCCUUGUGGGCUACCCCCAGCCAUCGCCAAUGGAGAUUUCAUUAGCACCAACAGAGAGUAUUUUCACUACGGAUCUGUGGUGACCUACCGCUGCAAUCUUGGAAGCGGAAGGAAAAAGCUGUUUGAGCUCGUGGGUGAGCCCUCCAUAUAUUGCACCAGCAAAGAUGGCCAAGUGGGCAUCUGGAGCGGCCCGGCCCCUCAGUGCAUUAUACCUAACAAAUGUACGCCUCCAAAUGUGGAAAAUGGAAUAUUGGUAUCUGUCAACAGAAGCUUAUUUUCCUUAAAUGAAGUUGUGGAGUUUAGGUGUCAGCCUGGCUUUGUCAUGAAAGGACCCCGCCGUGUGCAAUGCCAGGCCCUGAACAAAUGGGAGCCAGAGUUACCAAGCUGCUCCAGGGUGUGUCAGCCACCUCCAGAAAUCCUGCAUGGUGAGCAUACCCCAAGUCAUCAGGACAAAUUUUCACCUGGGCAGGAAGUGUUCUACAGCUGUGAGCCCGGCUAUGACCUCAGAGGGGCUGCGUCUCUGCACUGCACGCCCCAGGGAGACUGGAGCCCUGAAGCCCCCAGAUGUGCAGUGAAAUCCUGUGAUGACUUCUUGGGUCAACUCCAUCAUGGCCGUGUGCUAGUUCCAUUUAAUCUCCAGCUUGGGGCAAAGGUGUCCUUUGUCUGUGAUGAAGGGUUUCGCUUAAAGGGCAGCUCCGUUAGUCAUUGUGUCUUGGUUGGAAUGAGAAGCCUUUGGAAUAACAGUGUUCCUGUGUGUGAACAUAUCUUUUGUCCAAAUCCUCCAGCUAUCCUUAAUGGGAGACACACAGGAGCUCUCCUUGGAGAUAUUCCCUAUGGAAAAGAAAUAUCUUACACAUGUGACCCCCACCCAGACAGAGGGAUGACCUUCAACCUCAUUGGGGAGAGCACCAUCCGCUGCACAAGUGACCCUCAAGGGAAUGGGGUUUGGAGCAGCCCCGCCCCUCGCUGUGAACUUUCUGUUCGUGCUGGUCACUGUAAAACCCCAGAGCAGUUUCCAUUUGCCAGUCCUACAAUCCCAAUUAAUGACUUUGAGUUUCCAGUCGGGACAUCUUUGAAUUAUGAAUGCCAUCCUGGGUAUUUUGGGAGAAUGUUCUCUAUCUCCUGCCUAGAAAACUUGGUCUGGUCAAGUGUUGAAGACAACUGUAGACGAAAAUCAUGUGGAACUCCUCCAGAACCCUUCAAUGGAAUGGUGCAUAUAAACACAGAUACCCAGUUUGGAUCAACAGUUAAUUAUUCUUGUAAUGAAGGGUUUCGACUCAUUGGUUCCCCAUCUACUACUUGUCUCGUCUCAGGCAAUAAUGUCACGUGGGAUAAGGAGGCACCUAUUUGUGAGAUUAUAUCUUGUAAGCCACCUCCAACCAUAUCCAAUGGAGACUUCUACAGCAACAACAGAACAUCUUUUCACAGUGGAACAGUGGUAACUUACCAGUGCCACACUGGACCAGAUGGAGAACAGCUGUUUGAGCUCAUGGGAGAACGGUCAAUAUAUUGCACCAGCAAAGAUGAUCAAGUUGGUGUUUGGAGCAGCCCUCCCCCUCAAUGUAUUUCUACUAAUAAAUGCACAGCUCCAGAAGUUGAAAACGGAAUUAGAGUACCAGGAAAUAGGAGUUUCUUUUCCCUCAAUGAGAUCGUGAGAUUUAGAUGUCAGCCCGGCUUUGUCAUGGUAGGGUCCCACACUGUGCAGUGCCAGACCAACGACAGAUGGGGGCCCAAGCUGCCACACUGCUCCAGGGUGUGUCAGCCGCCUCCAGAAAUCCUGCAUGGUGAGCAUACUCCAAGCCAUCAGGACAACUUUUCACCUGGGCAGGAAGUGUUCUACAGCUGUGAGCCCGGCUAUGACCUCAGAGGGGCUGCGUCUCUGCAUUGCACGCCCCAGGGAGACUGGAGCCCUGAAGCCCCCAUAUGUACAGUGAAAUCCUGUGAUGAAUUCCUGGGACAACUCCCUCAUGGCCGUGUGCUGUUUCCAUUCAAUCUCCAGCUUGGAGCAAAGGUGUCCUUUGUUUGCGAUGAAGGGUUCCGAUUAAAAGGCAGGUCUGCUAGUCAUUGUGUCUUGGCUGGAAUGAAAGCCCUUUGGAAUAGCAGUGUUCCAGUAUGUGAACAAAUCUUUUGCCCAAAUCCUCCAGCUAUCCUUAAUGGGAGACACACAGGAGCUCCCCUUGGAGAUAUUCCCUAUGGAAAAGAAGUAUCUUACACAUGCGACCCCCACCCAGACAGAGGGAUGACCUUCAACCUCAUUGGGGAGAGCACCAUCCGCUGCACAAGUGACCUUCAAGGGAAUGGGGUUUGGAGCAGCCCCGCCCCUCGCUGUGAACUUUCUGUUCCUGCUGCCUGCCCACAUCCACCCAAGAUCCAGAACGGGCAUUACAUUGGAGGACACGUAACUCUAUAUCUUCCUGGGAUGACAAUCAGCUACAUUUGUGACCCCGGCUACCUGUUAGUGGGAAAGGGCAUCAUUUUCUGUACAGACCAGGGAAUCUGGAGCCAAUUGGAUCAUUAUUGCAAAGAGGUAAAUUGUAGCUUCCCACAGUUUAUGAAUGGAAUCUCAAAGGAGUUAGAAAUGAAAAAAGUGUAUCACUAUGGAGAUUAUGUGACUUUGGAGUGUGAAGAUGGGUAUGCGCUGGAAGGCAGUCCCUGGAGCCAGUGCCAGGCGGAUGACAGAUGGGACCCUCCUCUGGCCAUAUGUACCUCUCGUACACGUGAUGCUCUAAUAGUUGGCACUUUAUCUGGUAUGAUCUUCGUUAUUUUAUUCAUCAUUUUCCUCUCUUGGAUAAUUCUAAAGUACAGAAAAGGCAAUAAUGCACAUGAAAAACCUAAAGAAGUGGCUAUCCAUAUACAUUCUCCAGGAGGCAGCAGCGUCCAUCCCCAAACUCUGCAAACAAAUGAAGAAAAUAGCAGAUGGCUGAAUAGAAACAGCUCCCGUCUACAGGCCAACGAGUUGCCCCUGUUCGCCGAGGCCCCGCCCCGCGGCCCGCCGAUUGGCCCCAGCCGCCCCGGUGCCAACAUUCAAUUCCACCCCAAGCGCCCAGGCCACGCCCACCUGUCAAGCACCCUGGAAACUUUUACGGGGUCUCCCGCAUCGCGUAUGGCGCCUCCCGUCCGCCUCGAGCGUCCUUUUCCUUCCCGGCGCUUUCCUGGGUUGCUUCUGGCGGCCCUGGUGUUGCGGCUGUCCUCCUUCUCCGAUCAAUGCAAUGCCCCAGAACAGCUUCCAUUUGCCAGGCCUACCAACCUAACUGAUGCAUCUGAGUUUCCCGUUGGAACACAUCUGAAGUAUGAAUGCCUCCCUGGUUAUCAUGGAAAACCAUUUUCUAUCAUCUGCCUAAAAAACUCAGUCUGGACAAGUGCUAAGGACAAGUGUACACGUAAAUCAUGUCAUAAUCCUAAAGAUCCUGUGAAUGGCAUGGUGCAUGUGAUCAAAGACAUCCAGUUCGGAUCCCAAAUUAAUUAUUCUUGUAAUGAAGGAUACCGACUCAUUGGUUCCUCGUCUGCCACAUGCAUCAUCUCAGGCAAUACUGCCAUUUGGGAUAAUGAAACACCUAUUUGUGAGAUAAUUCCUUGUGGGCUACCCCCCACCAUCGCCAAUGGAGAUUUCUUUAGCACUAACAGAGAGUAUUUUCACUACGGAUCCGUGGUGACCUACCGCUGCAAUCUUGGAAGUGGAGGGAGAGAGCUGUUUGAGCUUGUGGGUGAGCCCUCCAUAUACUGCACAAGCAAAGAUGAUCAAGUGGGCAUCUGGAGCGGCCCGGCCCCUCAGUGCAUUAUACCUAAGAAAUGCACGCCUCCAAAUGUGGAAAAUGGAAUAUUGGUGUCUGUCAACAGAAGCUUAUUUUCCUUAAAUGAAGUUGUGGAGUUUAGGUGUCAGCCUGGCUUUGUCAUGAAAGGACCCCACCGUGUGCAAUGCCAGGCCCUGAACAAAUGGGAGCCAGAGUUACCAAGCUGCUCCAGGGUAUGUCAGCUGCCUCCAGAUGUCCUGCAUGGUGAGCAUACCCAAAGGGACAAGGACAACUUUUGGCCUGGGCAGGAAGUGUUCUACAUCUGUGAGCCCGGCUAUGACCUCAGAGGGGCUGCGUCUCUGCGCUGUACACCCCAGGGAGACUGGAGCCCUGCAGCCCCCAGAUGUGAAGUGAAAUCCUGUGAUGACUUCCUGGGCCAACUUCUUAAUGGCCGUGUGCUAUUUCCACUUAAUUUCCAGCUUGGAGCAAAAGUGGAUUUUGUUUGUGAUGAAGGAUUUCGAUUAAAAGGCAGCUCUGCUAGUUACUGUGUCUUGGCUGGAAUGGAAAGCCUUUGGAAUAGCAGUGUUCCCGUGUGUGAACAAAUCUUUUGUCCAAGUCCUCCAGUUAUUCCUAAUGGGAGACACACAGGAAAACCUCUGGAAGUCUUUCCCUUUGGAAAAGCUGUAACUUACACAUGUGACCCCCACCCAGACAGAGGGAUGACCUUCGACCUCACUGGGGAGAGCACCAUCCGCUGCACAAGUGACCCUCAAGGGAAUGGGGUUUGGAGCAGCCCCGCCCCUCGCUGUGGAAUUCUGGGUAACUGUAAAGCCCCAGAUAAUUUUCCAUUUGCUAAGUUGAAAACCCAAACCAAUGCAUCUGACUUUCCCAUUGGGACAUCUUUAAAGUACGAAUGCCGUCCUGAGUACUACGAGAAUCCAUUCUCUAUCACAUGUCUAGAUAACCUGGUGUGGUCGAGUCCCAAAGGUGUCUGUAAACGUAAAUCAUGUAAAACUCCUCCAGAUCCAGUGAAUGGCACAGUGCAUGUGAUCACAGACAUCCAGGUUGGAUCCAGAAUCAACUAUUCUUGUACUACAGGGCACCGACUCAUUGGUCACUCAUCUGCUGAAUGUAUCAUCUCAGGCAAUACUGCCCAUUGGAGCACGAAGCCGCCAAUUUGUCAACGAAUUACUUGUGGGCUACCCCCCAACAUCACCAAUGGAGAUUUCUUCAGCACUAACAGAGAGUAUUUUCACUAUGGAUCUGUGGUGACCUACCACUGCAAUCUUGGAAGCGGAGGGAGAAAGGUGUUUGAGCUCGUGGGUGAGCCCUCUAUAUACUGCACCAGCAAAGAUGAUCAAGUGGGCAUCUGGAGCGGCCCAGCCCCUCAGUGCAUUAUACCUAACAAAUGCACGCCUCCAAAUGUGGAAAAUGGAAUACUGGUGUCUGUCAACAGAAGCUUAUUUUCCUUAAAUGAAGUUGUGGAGUUUAGGUGUCAGCCUGGCUUUGUCAUGAAAGGACCCCACCAUGUGCAAUGCCAGGCCCUGAACAAAUGGGAGCCAGAGUUACCAAGCUGCUCCAGGGUGUGUCAGCUGCCUCCAGAAAUCCUGCAUGGUGAGCACACUCCAAGCCAUCAGGACAACUUUUCACCUGGGCAGGAAGUGUUCUACAGCUGUGAGCCCGGCUAUGACCUCAGAGGGGCUGCAUCUCUGCACUGCACGCCCCAGGGAGACUGGAACCCUGAAGCCCCCAUAUGUACAGUGAAAUCCUGUGAUGACUUCCUGGGCCAACUUCCUCAUGGCCGUGUGCUGUUUCCACUCAAUCUCCAGCUUGGAGCAAAGGUGUCCUUUGUUUGCGAUGAAGGGUUCCGAUUAAAAGGCAGGUUUGCUAGUCAUUGUGUCUUGGCUGGAAUGAAAGCCCUUUGGAAUAGCAGUGUUCCAGUGUGUGAACAAAUCUUUUGCCCAAAUCCUCCAGCUAUCCUUAAUGGGAGACACAUAGGAGCUCCCCUUGGAGAUAUUCCCUAUGGAAAAGAAGUAUCUUACACAUGCGACCCCCACCCAGACAGAGGGAUGACCUUCAACCUCAUUGGGGAGAGCACCAUCCGCUGCACAAGUGACCCUCAAGGGAAUGGGGUUUGGAGCAGCCCCGCCCCUCGCUGUGAACUUUCUGUUCCUGCUGGUGCAAAUGAUGCUCUUAUAGUUGGCACUUUAUCCGGUACAAUCUUCGUUAUUUUAUUCAUCAUUUUCCUCUCUUGAAUAAUUCUAAAGUACAGAAAAGGGUAAGGUGUCCUUCCUUGACAAAGUACUAUACAGCUGAAGAACAUCUCAAAUACAAUUUUGGUUGGAAAGGAGCCAAUCGAUUUCAACAGAAUCAAAUCUGGGCUUCAUAAAGUCUUUGAAGUGACUUCACAGAGAUGCAGACAUGUGCACUUGAAGAUGCUGCCGCUUCCCCAGUACCUAGCAAAGCUCCUCCCUCUUUGUGUGCAUCACUGUGAAACCCCCACCCUUCUGCCUCGUGCUAAACGCACACAGUACCUAGUCAGGGGAAAAGACUGCAUUUAGGAGAUAGAUAAUGGUUUGGAUUACUUAAAGAAAUAAGGUGUUGCCUGGAAUUGCUGGUUUAUAAGUUGGUCAUUUUUCUUUUUUAAAAUAUUUGUAAUAUGGAAUGGGCUCAUUAAGGAGAGCUUGGAAAAUGCAGAAAGUUAUGAAAAAUAAGUCACAUAUGAUUAUGCUACCUAGUGAUAACCACUCCUAAUAUUUUGAUUCAUUUUCUGCCUAUCUUCUUUGACAUAUGUGUUUUUUUUUACAAAUGUACUUUUUCCCCCUUAGUUUCCUUUUAUUUUAUAGAGCAGAACCCUAGUCUUUUAAACAGUUUGGAGUGAAAUAUAUGCUAUAUCAGUUUUUUCUCUAGGAAAAAAAUUAAUGUACUAAAAAGGCAUUAAAUGACUACUGUGGUUAAGACCACUUGAGAGAAAUAUUUGGAAUAUAAGCUUUGGAUAUUUUCUUUUCUUUCUUUCUUUUUUUUUUUUUUUUUUGAGACAGAUUCUUGCUCUGU